AAUUUUCAUCAUAUUCGGAUGUAAAUUCCUCGAUCUGAUGAUCCUCUAAUACGAAAUCAAGGCCAUUUUUGUAAUAUUUGCUUUUUUACGUUUCUUACUCGACUUUUCCCCCGUUACAUGUAAGUAACGCGAUGCGAAGUUGGGCACAGAAGCGACGGUCGAUACGGAAUUAUUUUUGCGAGAUCUUUGCAUCACGUCGUAUUGUACGAAAAAUUUUAAGAAAAAUUGAAGCAAGUUCAUAUGCCGUUGAAUGAAGUCAAAUUAAGAAACACACAGGGGAUACAAUUCAUUGAAUGUAACGAAUAUUAACCAACAGGAUUGCAAAGGACUGCAACCAACAAGAAGACAUAAGGAAUGUAUCUUAUCAUUCGUGACUCGAAAGGACAUCGGCGAUGUGGAUCCUUUGCGUAUUGAUCAGACUUUUCCAACUUGUAAUCCUGUUGAUGUUGUCCGGUAUCCUGUUUUCCAUUGCUGCCAUUUCGCGUUUAAUGGAAAUAAUAAUUAUUCUAAUACAUCCUACUGCUGUGUUUUUACUGCGACAAUCUGCGAAUUUAAUCGUUUUGUCAACAAUCCUGAUCGCAAAGACGACGUCCUCAGCGUGUCACGAACUGUACGGACUUGUUAAAUGCGACCGGCAGGAGGCAGUUCUACCGCGAGAGUCAUUGCGAGGGCGAAAGAUCGCUUCCUUGCAAAUUGGCAUGCAAACUCCCUUCGUGCCAUAUAAGAGAAGCGCCCUUGAUGAAACUUCAAAGUAUCCAUUCGUGGAAGACGGAUCUAUCGCUGGCCCAUCAGCAAUGGAAGGCAAUGGAAGGCAAUGGAAUCAUCGAACUUCCGCGAGACCAGUCGCGGAAUAAUAAACGAAAGAAAUUAUCUGAAUCUGAAGAAUAUUAUUAUAUUGAUUAUUCGUGAAAAGAAAGAAAGAAAAGAAUUAUCCGCGAAAAGGAAUAAAAAUCUCUG